GAGGAUCCUGUUGCCGGUGGCGCGUUUCCCUCCGAACGGCGUCGGAGACGGAGACGACGGUGGUUGCUUGGUGUUUCCGGCGCUGUGUCAAGGAGAGUAAUGCGAAACUGAUCUGGGUUUUCUCCUACACCCUGCCCGGAAAAGAAGAUGGACUGCAUUCGCCGGAAUUCUCCGAUCUGAUUGCUUCUUGCGCCGAUCUCUAUAACUUUUUGGUUUUUCAAUCACACAAUUUGCUCAGGUGCGCUUGGUAUGAUCUUCCGAAAUGUCAUUCAAGAGCAUUGUGCGUGAGCUGAGAGAGAUGAAAGAAGGGAUUGGGAAUAUAUCUAGGAGAGGACUGGAAGGGAAGCAUUGGCGCCACCGUACCAGGUCUCAUAUAGCACCAGAUGUGGUUGUGUCUGAGCUGAUCCAACAAGGGCAGUGGGCAAACUUGCCCCCAGAGCUUCUUUUGGACAUAAUACGGAGGGUUGAAGAGAGUGAGACAUCAUGGCCUGAUAGGGCUGUUGUUGUUUUUUGUGCAGCAGUCUGCAAGUCAUGGAGGGAUAUAACUAAGGAGAUUGUCAAAACUCCAGAGGAAUGUGGGAGGCUCACCUUUCCCAUUUCAUUGAAGCAGCCGGGGCCUCGUGAAUCGCCAAUUCAGUGCUUCAUUAAAAGGGAUAGAGCAGCAUCAGUUUAUCGGUUGCAUUUUGGUCUCACCCCAUCUGAGGAUGAGAACGAUAAACUAUUGCUGGCAGCUAAGAAGAUCAGAAGAGCAACUAGUACAGACUUCAUCAUUUCCUUGGUUGCAGAUGACUUUUCCCGAGCCAGCAAUACAUAUGUUGGAAAAUUGAGGUCUAAUUUUCUGGGCACGAAGUUUACCAUUUAUGAUAGCCAACCUCCAAUUGUUGCUCCGGUUCACCAAAACGGUCGCUCGAGCAGAAGAUUCCAUGCAAAGCAAGUAUCUCCAAGAGUACCUGCUUGUAACUACGGCGUGGCAGCUAUUUCCUAUGAACUGAAUGUCCUUCGUACUAGAGGGCCUAGGCGAAUGCAUUGUGUCAUGCACUCAAUUCCAGUGUCUUCGGUGCAGGAGGGUGGCAAUGCUCCAACACCAAAAUCGUUUCCUCAGUCAUUUGAUGAUAAAUCUUUUCCCUCAUCGGGCUCUAAAGGAAAGGAGGCACUCAAAAGUUUAUCUUCCCCUAGUCCUUCAAGUUCACCAGCCGCAUCACAGCACUCUAGAGAAGCACUUAUGCUUAAAAAUAAGGCCCCUCGAUGGCAUGAGCAGUUACAGUGUUGGUGCCUAAAUUUCAAAGGUCGUGUUACAGUAGCCUCUGUUAAGAAUUUCCAGCUUGUGGCAGCUGUUGACCCAUCACACAAUGUACCAGCUGCAGAGCAAGAAAAAGUGAUUUUGCAGUUUGGUAAAAUUGGAAAGGACAUCUUCACGAUGGAUUAUCGCUACCCACUCUCUGCCUUCCAAGCUUUUGCAAUCUGCUUGAGCAGCUUUGACACCAAGCCAGCAUGUGAAUGAUUUUCAGUGGUUAUAGCAGAUAUGAUGACCGUUUCUUAUUCAAUUACUCUGAUAAGAGGUCUUCCUGAAUGGCCGUAAGUUACAAGUCCGCGGGCUCCUCAGACCAGUGUUUUUGUUAGUGCCAUGUAUUUAAUAUGUGUUACAAGUUUUCCUCGCAUCUUAUGGUAAUCAGACUCUGGUAACUAGGAUAUUUUUAACAUAACACAGCCAAUAUGAAUAUCAAUAACACUAUGAUCUCAUGCUGAGAAAACUGGUGCACAAAUUGUUGGUAAAUGCCGUUGCUUGUAGCACGUCAUAAACGACAGCCAUGGAAGAUCAAUGUGGAAAAUACCAGUUAACUGACC